AUGUCACUCGGCGUUCACAUUACUGCGUUACCAACUUGGCCGGCUGCCAUCGACGAGUUCGAGGAGAUUAUGUAUCAGCUAGUGGGCUAUAAAAAACGAGGUUUCGCAGAAGAAGUCACACCAUGUGGCUUUAGUAGGGAGGGUCUGGAUCGAAUGGCGUCCUCGGAAUGGAUCAGAACCGCGUUCCACGAUAUGGCGACCGCCAACGUCUUCGGCACCUCUCCGACUCCUGGCGGUAUCGACGCUUCCAUUAUGUUCGAGCUGGAUCCGAGGGGCGAGAACACCGGGAAGGCAUUCAAUACGAGCUUGACGACAUAUAACAAUUUCUUCACCAGCAGGGUUUCGAUGGCCGACCUGAUUGCGCUUGGUGUAUUUGCCGCUGUGAGAAGUUGUGGAGGACCGGCGAUCCCCAUGAAAACAGGUCGUAUCGACGCUUCCGUAGCUGGAUCUAUUGGAGUUCCACAGCCGGGGAAUAGCCCCCUGACCUUCCAAGGCCAGUUUCAACGCAUGGGUUUCAACCAAUCCGAGAUGAUUGAAAUGGUGGCCUGCGGUCAUACUGUCGGUGGUGUCCAUGGGAGCAAUUUUCCAGAUGUCGUCCCACCAGGAUCCGCACCUUUCGACUUUCAGCGCUUCGACAAUACCGAUGUCUUCGAUUCCAAAAUUGCUUCAGAUUUCGUCAGCGGUACCACCGUUGAUCCUCUCGUCGUUGGUCUAUCGGCAGGGCAGAGAGUCUUGAAGAACUCCGAUACGAAAGUUUUCACUAUCGAUAACAACGUGACGAUUACGAGGCUGGCAAAUCCGGCACAGUUCGAGAGCAGCUGUAAACGCAUUCUGGGGAGAAUGGUCGAUACGGUUCCACCUACAGUAACUCUCUCCGCACCAGUCGAGCCAUACGAGGUCAAACCGAUCAAGCCACAACUCACACUUCAGGAUGGUGGUGUUUCAAUUCUGUUUUCGGGAGAAAUCCGCGUCAGAACAACCAACAACACAGUCGCUGUGGUCCAGAUCUCCUACAAUGAUAGAACAGGAGGAUCCGCCGGUACGAUUUCCACUAAAUAUGUCGGGACCGGACGUGGAUUUGAUGACACAUUUGAUUUCUUUUCCUUCUCUAAAAACCUCUCAUCUACUGGAUCCAUCUCGUCGUACACUGUCGAUGUGACGUACACCAGCGGCUUAACCGUAACAUAUGAUAACAAUGGAUCGGGUUAUCCUAUUCGAGACACCAUAAUGCUGCAAACACCACAGAGCUGCAUUGUUGGUGGUACUUUGACUGCCGUGGCAGCUGUUCGCGGUAUUUCUGGAGCUCCUAUCCUUGCGCUGUCCUUGAAGAACCCUCUCAGCGUGGCCGGUGGCUAUACAUUCUCUAGCCUGGGUACCGAAUCUGUGCCGAUGACAGCCGGCUCUACCAUUGGCCCGUACAUCCUGUAUACCGCAUCGUACGCCCUAACCGGAGACCAAGCACCAAAUACCAAGUUUGAGGUUGCAACAGGUAGCUCCACGGAUUCAUUCAAGGACACUUCAACCCUCCCAACUACCUGCAAGCCACUUGGGGCUUCUCCACCGAGCGACACACCCACUCCAGGAUACACAUAUCAAGGCUGUUUUACCGACGACGCUGGUUCUCGAGCCUUCAACAGUGGCUACAUUGCCGGUGCGGAUACGAUUGUAGAGGGUUGUGCCGCAUUCUGUUCGAAUUUCCAAUUCUUCGGUAUUGAAUACGGUGCCGAGUGCUACUGCGGCAACACCCGAGCAGCGUCGAGCCUUCUGGCGGCCGCGUCGGAAUGUAAUAUGCCGUGUGGUGGCGACCCGUCCGAAAUCUGCGGCGGCAGUAACCGGCUAUCCGUAUAUAAAAACGAGGAGUACGCACCCAUGAUCAAUCCCGACGUUGCCGGCUAUAGUUACGAGGGUUGCUGGACCGAUUCACCCACGAGAUAUCUGUCAGGAAGCGCCACGGCAGGAGAUUCGAUGACAGUGCCCUCAUGCGCCGGGUUUUGCGACGGCUCAAACUAUUUCGGCGUUGAGUAUAGUCGGGAGUGUUAUUGCGGCUCUACACUGUCGGCUGAGAGUGUCAAGCAGCCCGAGACUGACUGUAAUAUAGCAUGCGCAGGUAAUGGCACGACAUGGUGCGGUGCGGGCAAUCGGUUUAAUCUUUACAAGAAG